AUGAUGCGUAUCUUGAUACGACGAUUUAGCAUUUCGCUGCAUGUGCGAAACCAGAUCUCUAACCUUUCCCUUCGCCCUUAUCAACAGGAAUGCGUUGAUACGUGUCUAAAAUCGCUUGAGACUACCCGUCGAAUAGCAGUUAGCCUUGCUACCGGAGGAGGCAAAACUGUCAUAUUCAGUCAUUUGAUCGACCAGAUUCCACCAAAUCCAAAAACGGGACGAUCGAAAACACUCAUAUUGGUGCAUCGCAAAGAACUGGCGGACCAGGCCAUUGCAUCUUUGCGAAAAGUGUACCCUCAAUACAAGAUAGAACUGGAUAUGGCAAAUCGCAAACCUUCACAUGCACCAGACAUUGAUGUCGUAGUUGCCUCAGUUCCAACUUUGAACAGGAGCGCUCAGCGGUUAGAGUCCCAUGAUCCCGGUGAAUACAAGGCUAUAGUGGUCGACGAAUGCCAUCACGGCGUCGCAGACUCGUAUACUAAGAUACUGAAGCAUUUUGGCUGCGACUCUGCCGAUUGUGAUAUAGCGCUGCUCGGGUUUAGCGCGACAUUGUCAAGGUACGAUGAGUUGCCACUUGGUCUUGUUUUUGACGAAAUUGUCUAUGACAAAAGUUUGGUGGACCUCAUUCGAGAAGGCUAUUUAUCUGAUUUCUCGUGGAUCCAGGUUUCUGCCGGUCUCGAGCUCUCCCAGGUUUCCAUCGGUAAAGAUGGAGACUACAAGAUGGACGAGCUGGCGAAUCACGUCAACAAAGAUGAAAUCAACGCCCUUGUGUUCCAAAGUUACCAGCAUUUUGCUGAAAAGUAUCAGCUGAAAUCAUCCUUGUUUUUUUGCGUUAAUGUUGCCCAUUUGGAAAGUUUGUCGCUGCUUUUCCGCUCUAACGGUGUGAAUGCACAAUACGUGACAGGUAAUACUUCUAAAUUUGAGCGCGAAAGACUGGUAGCGGAAUUUUCAAAUGGGCAGCUGCCUGUUUUAAUGAAUUGUGGUGUGUUCACAGAAGGAACGGACAUUCCUAAUAUUGACUCCAUAUUCAUGGUACGUCCGACACAAUCAAAAACCCUUCUUACUCAAAUGGUCGGGCGUGGGCUACGGCUUCAUGAGAGCAAACAUAGAUGCUACGUGAUUGACUUUGUGGAUGCACACAGAGUUGGCGUUAAUUCCAAUCCCACUCUGGAAGGAAAGAUGAAAACUAACGGAGUCUCUUUGUUCGAAAGCGAUACUGGUCGUGGAAGACAGGAGGGUCCAGAGAUAGAAGAUAUCAAGUACAUGGAGUAUGACACUCUUGAUGGCUACCAAAAAAUCUUCGAAAAGUUUAAGGAGCAAGAAGUGGUCCAGACCGAAAAUAUAUUUGGCAAGUUCAAGACAAGCCAGUUUCCAUGGAUCCAGAUGAGGCGCGAUGUCUGGGGACUCAACAUAGGGAAGGAAGAAUUUUAUCAGAUCAAAAUAUACCCCACCGGAGCUAAGACUUUGUCACUUGUCAAAACCGUUCGUCGAGGCAAGAUCAGAUACCCAGAGUCUCAAAAAAUUGCUGAGAAGGUGACCCUCGAGGAACUUUUUGUGGAAUUUGAAAAACAACUCGAGAAAUAUCCUGAAAAGUAUCGAAGCUUUCGCCAGACAUUAAUCCGCGGCGCGAUCACUCAAAAACAGCGAGAUUUCAUUAGAAGCGUUACUAUAAAUCUGGUCGAUAAAAAUCCCAAAAUAGAUAAAGCGAAAUUCGUUGGAUUGCUGGACAAAAAGCUUAAUGGUUUGAGCAAAUUUGCUGCUUCGAACUUGAUUUUCGCUUACACAGUUUCGAGAACAAACGCUCUCAAGCUGUUCGUCAAGCAACAGGUUCUCCCCUCAAAAGCGCUCCAAAAAUACGUAGUCUCGAGAUGA